CAUUAAAGAGAUUAAAAUCUUUAGUGAUUUAAUUGUGAGUUUUUAUGUUCAUAAUUGACUGAAUUCAUUUAAAUUGUUAUUCUUUUUUCUUUCAUGAUGUUCCUUAGAUUUUCUCGAUUAGUUUCUCAAUUACAGCCUUCUAGAAGGCUAAUGUCUUCCAUUAAAAGUGAUAAAUUGAAAGGAAAAGUGGCCAUAGUAACUGCUUCUUCUGAUGGAAUUGGUUUAGAAAUAAGUCGUAGACUUGGACAAGAAGGUGCUUCGGUUAUUAUUAGUAGUCGAAGAAAGGAAAAUGUUGAUAAAGCCGUUGAAGAAUUGAAAAGUGAGGGACUUGAUGUCCUUGGAACUGUUUGUCAUGUUUCUAAAGAAGAAGAUCGAAAAAAUUUGAUAGAAUUUACGGUCACAAACAAAGGAGGAAUAGAUUAUUUUGUUUCUAAUGCCGCUAUUAAUCCAGUUAUGAUGCCAAUUCUCGAGACAGGCGAAGGAGCUUGGGAUAAGAUAUUUGAAGUAAAUGUUAAAUCAGCGUUUCUUUUGACCAAAGCCGUUGUACCUCACAUGGAGAAACGCGGAGGUGGUUCAGUAAUUUACAUUUCAUCCAUUGGUGGAUAUCAACCAUUACCAAUGAUCGGCGCUUAUUCCGUCAGUAAAACUGCUCUUCUUGGACUAACCAAAGCCGUUGCAAUCGAAACUGCCCCGAGCAAAAUAAGAGUCAAUUGUAUUUGUCCUGGAAUAAUUAAGACUAAAUUCAGUCGAGCUCUUUGGGAGAAUGAGAGUAUCAGUGAGGAGAUGAACCGAAUGAUUCCAAUGCACAGAAUCGGUAAACCGGAAGAAGUUGCCUCGCUUGUUUACUUCCUAUGUUCCGACGAUUCAUCUUAUGUAACUGGUGAAAGUUUCGUUGUCGCCGGUGGAUAUUAUUCAAGACUCUAAAUUAUCACAAUUAACAAGUGAAAUUAUUUUUACCCUGUUGAACUUAUUGUCUUUUUAAUAUUAUAUAAGAUUUUUAUUUCAAUCCAUUUUAUUAUGAAAUGUUACACAUUUUCAAUUAAUGAUUUAUCUAAUUGUGAACAUUGUAAUUUAAAGUAAAACGAUUAUAAUGAUUUAAAAUGAAA